ACCAUCACGCCUCUCUCUCUCUCUCUAAAAGUACUAGUGAGCAGUGAGAGAGAAUGUUUAUGAGUAUUGAUUCUAUUUCUAUUCGUUCAGUUUUGAAAUUUUAAUACCCUGAAGAAAAGAAGUAGUAAUGUCUAGCGGUGCCGGUGAGCAUAGGCUUCACAGCAAGCUUGAAGAAGCACUGGAAAUCAAAUCCCUAAGACGGAUUAUUAGUGCUUACCUCAAUUAUUCAGAUGCCGCAGAAGAAGAUGUAAAAAGAUACGAAAGAUCCUAUAAACAGCUUCCUCCUGCCCACAAGGCAAUUUUAUCUCAUAUUCCAUUCAAGUUUCAGAGGCUCAGAAGGAGUAUUUCUGUGAAUUCUUUUUUUAUCAUGAGUAUGCUACAGGCAUUUGAGCCCCCUCUAGACAUGAGCCAGGACAUUGAUAUUCGUGAAAAAGAAGAUCGGGAUGAUGUAUGCAAUGAUCAUCUCUCUGGGGAGAGGAAUUUUUCUUAUGGCCUCAUACCUACGACCAGUGGAAAAACACCUGAAACUGACCAGUUAUAUUGUGGAGAAGGGAUCAAUAUGAGGUGCAAGUCACCUGAGAACAGAACCAGUGACGAGGGGGUUCCAGUGGUUUCCAAGUCUGUAAGCAUGGAGAACACCACAGGGUUAAAUAAUGCUGGGCGCAAUGAUGCUAUGGACAUCAACUGUGAGGCAGGGCUUUGUUCUGUUUCUGAUUCGAAUGGAAAUGUAUGCUCAGUCCAGCAAGACUGGUUAGAUCCUUCAUUACAACUGCAAGUUCCUCUAGCUGAUGUUGACAAGGUCAGAUGUAUUAUACGGAAUAUUGUUAGAGACUGGGCGCCGGAGGGACAGUGGGAACGUGACCAGUGUUACAAACCUAUUCUUGAAGAGCUAGAUCACCUAUUUCCUUCCCGAUCUAAAGAUAGGCCUCCUUGCUGUUUAGUUCCCGGUGCUGGUCUGGGAAGGCUGGCUUUGGAGAUUUCUUGCCUUGGUUUUAUAAGUCAAGGGAAUGAGUUCUCAUACUACAUGAUGAUCUGCUCAAAUUUUAUUCUUAACCAUACUGAGGCUGUAGGGGAGUGGACAAUAUAUCCUUGGAUCCACAGCAAUUGCAACUCUCUUUCUGAUAAUGAUCAGCUCUGUCCUGUUUCAUUUCCAGAUAUCCACCCUGCCAGUGUAGGAAUUACUGAAGGCUUUUCCAUGUGUGGUGGUGACUUUGUUGAAGUUUAUAGUGACCCAAGUCAAGAAGGAGCUUGGGAUACGAUUGUCACAUGUUUCUUCAUUGAUACUGCACACAACAUCGUAGAAUAUAUUGAAACAAUAUCAAGACUUCUCGUAGAUGGAGGAGCAUGGAUAAACUUGGGACCCCUUCUUUAUCACUUUGCCGAUGCGUUUGGGACAGAAGAUGAGAUGUCAAUUGAACUCAGUUUGGAAGAUGUGAAGAAGGUUGCUUUUCAAUAUGGAUUUCAAUUGGAGCGGGAGAAGUUCAUUGAGACGACAUACACUGCAAAUCCUCGAUCCAUGAUGCAGAACCGAUACUCCGCUGCAUUUUGGACCAUGACAAAGAUACAGAAACCUAGUAAAGAUUCCCCACAGCCAACGUAAAGAUGAUUAUAGGAAAAAAAAACAGGGAAAAGGAAAACUGAGGAAAAAAGAAAGUACCGGUAGGUAGUUGAACUGUUGUAUUGAUACAUGAACUUUACUGACAGGUGGUUAAAGUUGCCUUCAUAUAAAUAUAUCCAUUAUUACAAUGUUCCCAGUUUUUUUGAAGUGCAAUAAUUUGGUUCCAUUCCAAUCUUUUUUUUCAUAUAUAGUUUCAUCCUCUGGCUCUGCUAUAUAUAUCAGGUAUUGCGGCCACCUGCUGCCAGCCCCUGGUGCUCUUACGUUCUAUCUGGGUGUAAUCUAGAUUUGGUAUUUUCAAUUUUUCAUGUGCAAUUUGUGGAUUAAACAAAGACCUACUAAUUUUUAGCUCCUGCACAGCUCACUUGGGAAGGAACAUUGCUCUCACCUUCUGAUCAAAACAAAAAAACACAUUGUUCUCACUAUUUCAUACGGAGUAUUUUUCUAAAGAGUGACAAUCUAGGGAAUUUUCAGUUCAAAAAGUGUUUGCAGUUGGUUGCUCAAGUGUUCGUACUAAAUUUUCCACGGGAACAAAAAAUGCGGGUCCAACAAAUGGUGGCAACAAC